AUGCUCGACAUUGCAGAAGAAAUCGAAAUUGUCAAUGCCAUUUACGGGGAAGGGUCGGCAACUAAGGACAAUGGGAAUAUUCGUCUACGCACAAGCAUCAGUGUAGACAGUGGAAUCACCUUGCGCACGCGACUUGAUAACCAGAGCGUUAAGCUGAAUGUGGGCCAGCUGCCACCGACGUCUGUCACAUUUACGCUGGACGGCAGCAGCUCACCGACGCCGAUGCUCUCCCAUAUCGAAGCAGUGGCGGGCACGGCUGGCAACAAGGCGGAGUUGGAGAGGCUAAUACGGGAAGAAAGCGAGGAAGGAGAAGGAGAGCUCCUACGCACAAUGCACGUUCUGCACGCAUACCCUCCCGCUUCAAUACAAGUGCAAGACACACACGCGCUCGCGACACUCGCCGCCACACUACGCGCGUACAACCGGACACACGCAGCCACGGUGUUCGCAGAAAGCAGCUACGACUGUCCCAUCUGCUUGCGGCGGCGCAAGGGAGUGCACGGGGCAGAGAUGCCGUGUGGGUGUGCGGUGUGCGCUGCGUGUCUACGCGACAUGACCGAGCUGCACGUGCGCGAAGGCUCGCUAGACAGUCUCAUCUGUCCCUCGCCGACCUGCACACUGCCCAUACCCGAUGCAACCAUCCUAGAGGUGAGUGGGGAGAGAGUCCACCAGCGCGUGGUGUAUCUACGUCAGAAGAAAGCUGCAGAAGACGAUCCGCGCACCGUGUACUGCCCCCUCUGCCACACACCCGUUGCGCGUCCACCCGAGAACGCACUCGUAGGUGACAGCGAGAGUGAUGAGGGUGCACAGCGAUUGCGCGUCUGUCCUCAAUGCUCCUUCGCUUUCUGCUGCUACUGCCGCCGCACAUACCACGGGCCCGUGGCAGCUUGUCCCGUCUCGACGACGCUCCAUUACGUUCGCGCUUACGCUCAUGCGCUGGAACAAUCAAACUCACGCGAUCAACUCGCCCUGGAGAGUCGCUACGGUAGAAAGUACCUUCAGCGCCUCCUCGCUGACUUUCUCGAGUCGGAGGCGAGUCGUAGGACUAUCGAAAACACCGCGCAGGCUUGUCCCCACUGUGCUGUCAGGACGGAGAAGAGCUCCGGAUGUAACCACAUGAGUUGUAGGUGCGGCACUCAUUUCUGCUUCCUCUGUGGUGGUCGCCUCGUUCCUUCCAACCCUUACCCACACUUCAAUACUCCCGGCACAUACUGCUUUCAGAAGCUAUUUGAUGGCCUCCUCCAGAAUCAGGAUGGCGCGCAAGUCGAGCAGGAUAAUCCUUACAAUGACAUCGCGUAUCACAACGGGUUCGACGAUGACGAUGUCCUCGGCCUCGAUCUUCAGCUGGCCAUCAUGCAAAUCGCACAUGAGCACAUGCAAUAA